CUUUAGCUAAAGUGAAACGCUUAUCAUUAUCUUCAAAUGCCAUAGAAAAGAUGGUGAAUUUGCCUGGUUUAAGAUAGAUAGAAAUCUUGUCGCUAUCAAGAAACAAUAUAAAGAAAAUAGCUGGAUUAGAAGAAAUAGGACAAACAUUAAAAGAAUUAUGGCUAAGUUAUAAUUAUAUAGAAAGACUUGAUGGUCUAUAGCCUUGUGUAAAAUUGCAUACACUUUAUAUUGGUAAUAACAGAAUUAAAGUCUGGGAUGAAGUUGAUAAAUUAAAAGAUCUCCCAGAAAUAGCUAAUGUUCUUUUUGUAGGUAUUACUUUAUUUUUUAUAAAAAGGAAAUCCUAUAUACGAAAAUUAAAAAGAUGAUCCUAAAUUACUUGUACUAAAAAGGAUAAAUACCUUAAAAAAUGUAGAUGGUACUGUUGUUGAUGAUUCUUUAAUGGAAAAGGUUAAAGCUUUAGGAGAUGGAGGUCCAACAACAACUAUUAAAUGAAAAUUAUUAAUCAUGUUAACAAUAAAAAAUAUACAGCAGCA